AUGGCAGUAGCAAGGGUUUUGGUUUAUGGCGGGAAAGGAGCCCUUGGAGCUACCUGUGUGACUUAUUUCAAAUCCAAAGAUUGGGUAAGAAAAAACAACAUUCUUAGCCUAGCAAUAUUUACGGGUGGAAAGUAGUUUUGUGCCUGGAACUUUUGACGAUCGCUUUCUAUUUUGUGGUGAUGAUCAGCUGUAAUCAGGCCCUGCUGUAAUAAUCCGUACUUCACUAGGUCUGUACAUCAUCAGUAAAAAAACAUGCUUUUAGAUUAGAAUCGUCUGAUCCACAUUUCUGAAGCGGUAGCUGGAAUUCCAGAAUUCGUCGGAAUUCUUAAAUUUGAGUUGGUUUUGUUUUCAGUUAACAUUUGUGGCACGAAUUAUGUCAAAAAUUUCCAAUAAAGCCGUCGCGAAAUUAAGCUAAAGGGCUUAACGUUAAAUCUGUGAGCGGAGAAAUCAUAUUUUAGUCUUCGCAUUCAAUAACUUUACACCUCGAUAUGAGUAGAUACUUGCUUAAUAACAUUAUCGUAUGUGGAAGAAAACGUGCAUUGUGCGUCGAGGAGAAAUUAAAAGAGAAGCACUGUGGGUAAUAUCUAAUAAUCUUUGGAGGCCAAUGUUAUUUAAACAGGGAGAAAUCCCUGUUUGGCAGAAGGAGCUGUUUCCCCUUUGUAGAUUUAUUAAGGCAGUAAAUAGUUUUGUGCUGUCAGUUAACACAGUUUCAGAGGGUCUGUAGAAGCCGUGGUUUAGAGGAAGCAGAUUUAAGGUCCAAACCCAGUGAAACAAGUAGAGUGAUUCAUUCUGAUAGAUGUGGUUUAAGGAAGCAGAUUUAAGGUCCAAACCCAGUGAAACAAGUAGAGUGAUUCAUUCUGAUAGACAACAACUCCUUACGAGAUAUUUACUGUGGGAUUUUUGCAACCAAGAUGUCAUCAGAAACAUGUACUGUGAAAAGGUUUACUGGGUGUCUUGUCUUGUUCCCUUUCAUUUGGGGGCAAUGUCUGUUUUAACACCAAAUUUCAAGAAUAUCUUUAUAGGAAAUUUAUGAGAGAAAGUAAGACUUAGUGUAUUGAUCUUGAGAGUGAAAAUAUCAAAGAUAACCCUAGUAUUCAGUCUCCUAUAUCAUUUUUGGUUAGAGUGGAGUGUAUGGGAGUUCUCUGUUUUACACAUAGAAUACAAUGGUAUAAUUGCUCCGGUGAUUCUAGAGAUGCUAGAUGAUUGGUCAAGGAUUGCAUCAUAUCUUGCUAUAAUCACCUUGUACAAAGUGAUUAUAGUAGGAGCGAUCAAUUUCAAAAUGGCUGCCUCAUCGUUAGUCUGCGUGACGGAGGAAGUGAUGAACAUGAUAAAGGAAAUUCAAAUCCGAAGAACGUAAAUGAUGCUACUUAAUUUGGAGUAACACUUUUCAAAAGAAAGAUAUCAAGUUUUUGCUGAUUGAAUUAUAUUAAGUUAUCAAAUUCUAGAGGAAAGUGGCUCUUUACUUCAGUAAAAGAUAUAAAAGCAAUUGAUACUGAAUGGUUUUUACAUCAAAAAAAAAAUUUACAACAGAAUUUGAAAGCAACUGAGCAAUUAUACUUAAAAAAAUUAUUUGCCUCAGAGUCAGUGAUUACUGUUGAAUAAUCCCCUUGACCUUGUCUCAGGGAUCAUUUGACAAAAUUCACUUUGCCUUCUGCGAACAAUUGUUAAACAGUGAGACAGUGGUCUCCUGUUGGUUGCAUCUUAUCUACAAGCAGUUCUGCUCUUCUUUUUUUUUUCUUUUUUACAGUGGGUGGCUUCUGUUGACUUGUUUCCUAAUGAAGAAGCACAUGCAAAUGUGGUUGUUACCAAGACAGACUCAUGGACUGAGCAAAAUGAAGAGGUGUGUAAUAUUUGUGUUUAAAAAAAUUUUUGUAAAAAUAUGGCUACUGCAUGGGAUGGGAUGAUAUUUGAAAGAUUAAUAGAUUUUUAAUAAACACAGUAUAUCACUGAUUGUUUUGUACUUUGCAACUUUUAAUUAGUUUUCAUCUUAACGGAUGAGCAUAUUAAGAUGGUAAUGGAAUGUGACUUGCAUAUCAUUUAAUGCAUUUGAUGCAUUUGUAUUUGUUUACAAUGUGCAACUCCUAGUUCCUACUUUCCCCAGUCUCCUUUCCUGAGAAUAUGAAAAUAGAACAUAGUAUAAAAACAUUCUUCCAAAUAUCUGUGUGACAUUCUCCACCCUUUAGUGGCAAUUGGUUUGUCCAUGUACAGUACAAACACUAAGGUGCCUUACUCUAAAGAUCAAGCAGCUUGUUAUUCAUCCAUCAUCGUUUCUUUGACAUCAAAUACUUACCUGUAGGCAUUAUUUAACUCUGCAUCAUCAAAAUCAAAAUCGAAAUCAAAACACUUUUGGAGUCAGAGUUGCCUUUUGACAUAUUACUCACAAUAUACAGUUACAGAUGCUGGUAAUUCAUGAAUGAUUAAUAGUUAGCCACUGUUAUGUGCUUGUUCUAUUUCUUUUCUGUGGCUAAAGAUACUAAGUCAUCUUCCCAGUGAGCUUCUUAAAUCAUUUGAUGAAAUACGAGGUAGUAUCUGAAGCUGAAUGUCACAAUAAAUAACCAGCUUUUGCACAGAACAAUAAGAGUAAGACAUCCAUUGUUUUUUUUUAUCAUUACUGAUGAGCAGAUCCAGCCCAAGGUUGAGGAGAUCCUUGAUGGUAACAAGUUUGAUGCAAUAAUCUGUGUUGCAGGAGGCUGGGCUGGUGGCAGUGCCAAAAGCAAAGGUGAAGUAAAAUCUACAUACGCAGACACAUGCCACAAGGGCUUUGCCAGUUCCUGCUGUUUGAUGCAAUUUGGAUCAUUGUUUCUCAAGUAGAAUGUUAUUGAUUAGUGGUAUGUUAUCAACUCUGUUAUUCCUUUGUGGCAAAACAAUGACCAUUCUAAGGCUGCCUUCUUUCAAGUAUGAUUAUCCAUUAAUAACUCUUAAACCUGGUUGAACACAGUUAUAGGUAGGAUCAUUUUUGCUGAAAAAAAAUCAUUCACUGAAUUGUAUUGUUCAGUUUGUUUGCUGUAAUUAUCCUUAACUGUUUGUGGCUUUUCAUGUAUCAGCUGUUGUCAAGAAUGCAGACUUAAUGUUCAAGCAGAGUGUUUGGACCUCUCUUAUUUCUGCCAGUAUCGCUUCUAAGCAUUUGAAAGAGUAGGUAUCAGACUGUAUGUGAACGUUCUGCAAAAUGGCAAAUGCUAUACUUUUUACAUAAUUAUUUCUCCUGUCGCUCUGUUUGUUUUUUUGUUUUUUCUGGCACUAAGUCUUAAUUUUAUAACAGUUGACUAGCUCCUCUUACCAAAUUUAUGUAGUUCUUCUUUGUAUCAGAUGGAAUAAGUAAGAAAAAAAUUAUUUAUUUACUGUGUUAAACUCUAAAUGAACACUAGUAGCAAGGUGCAUGUCUCCACAUUUUUGUGAUUAAUUUAGACUGACACCACUCUCUUCAUUUAAGUUGGGAAAAGGGGAUAAUCAUCAAUUAGGGGAGAUAUCUGAUAAUAAACAGAUAGUCUCUGAUCAACCAGUGGUUAUCAAAACUAAAAUGUAGAAUCACAAAUUGAAUUUAUUCAAUAAUUUGAGGCAAGUAGAUCUAAAGAUUAUGGUCACUGUACUUGAAAAAACUUGAAAACUUACAAAUCAAUUGAAAAGUAGUUAACAAGACAUAAAAAGUGGUGGUCGGUGGUUUUGCAUUUCAAACAUUUAAUUUAUUUUUUCCCUAAUUUCAGAAAUGGUAUGUUGAUGUUGACUGGAGCUCAGCCUUCUCUGGGGGCUACACCAGGUAAAACUGCUUCUUUUUGAUAAUCUUGUAUUAAUUGGAACUUUUUGAAACAGAUACUUUUAGAAAACUUUUCUGUUACAGAUGGCAUUGCAAUAAAUUAGUGCUACCCAUCCCUCCCCCCACUCCCCUCCCAGCCACCUGCUGGACUCAAGGAGGGAGCCACUCAUGGAUUCCUGAAUUCAUUGUAGUGUAUCUUUAACAGCAGUAUGUCAUUCUCCUUUUUUGUGCAAAAUCAGCUAACAGGAUUAAAUUUAAAGUCUACACCUCAAUAAUGUAUUAUAAAUUAACAGGAAUGUUGGGUUAUGGUAUGGCCAAGGCUGCUGUGCACCAACUUGUCAAAGGACUUGCUGAUGAGAAAGGAGGUCUGCCAAGCAAUGCUUCUGUUCUGGCUAUCUUGCCGUAAGUGUGGAUGUGUUAGUUUUUGAGGAUUACCCUCAUUCCUGGGCUGGUGGGAGACUUCAUGUCUUUUCUAGUGGUUAGCACCAUGAACUCUGCCAUAUUGCUCAAGGUAUUGAACCCAGUUGGCUCAUUGUGAUUUAUUUUCACAGCACCUCUCUCUGCCAAGGGCUGUUAUCAAUAUACUGUCAAGUGAACCUGACAAUAUGUUGGCAGGAUUGUCUGCAAUAGACAACCAUCCCAUCAAGGAGGAGUGGAUGUACUUGUUGUUGCUCUCUGGCCUGAGCAGUAGAGGGCUCUUAAAGCCCACUUGGCCUCAGGACCUAAAUGUCCAGUAGUUCCUGAACCUAAACAUUUCUUACCCAACUGCAAGGGAAUAUGUUCAAUGUGUUCAUAACAGAACACGUAUGUCAGAUAUUGGAGGGAGUGUUGUUUGCUUGCUCCUUGACUUUUUGUGAAAUUUGUUAGAAGGCAGGACUGCAAUACCUUUAUUAUUCUUAGCUUGUGAAUGUUUUCCUUGUUACACCAGACUCUGUUAGUCAAACCCUAGUUCCAACAAAAGCCAGAACAUGACACUAGUUCAGAUAGAGCUCUUUCUUAUAUCUUCCACAUUGGAAAUCCCUGAAACUCAUCACAAUUUAUUAUGUAGCGUUCAGUAUUAAGCAUUGAUCAGUUUACAUUGGACUUAUAGAAGCAACCUGACUUACUCUUCUCUUAACAACAGCAUGACAUUAGACACACCUGGUAACAGGAAGGGGAUGCCUGAUGCUGACUUCAAUCAAUGGACACCCCUUGAGUAUGUUGCAAAGUAAGUCUAUUAUUUGAUUUUGUUAUUAGAGUUUUUUUAAAAUACACAAUUUUCGCGUCAAUCUUUUGAUAAAACGCGUUAGAUCAGGACAGACAAGAACAUCGCUUCUGUAAAUCUGCAAAAUGUUACUUUUUCUGUUUCGAUAACCGAAUUGAAUUUAUUUGUGAUAAAAGUGGUACCACGACGAAGAAUAAUUUUUUCUACUUCUAAAUCUUUAGGAUUUAUCACUACUUGGCGAAUAACUUGUGUCAGGCUAUUGUUACUAGUUAAUAAAGGGGUAAGUUUCUAAAGAAACUGUGGUGUUGCGUCGGUGGGAGAUUACAACAAGGUGAUUUAGUAUUAUCAAUUGAGUUGAUAACGUAAAUUGGUCACCGUAAAGGGUUUCAAAGCUGACGUUUCAAGCGUUAGCCCUUUGUCAGAGCGUAUGACGAAGGGCAAACGCUCGAAACGUCGGCUAUGAAACUCUUUGCGGUGGCUAAUUCAGUUGAUAAUACCAAAUUACCGUAUUGUUGUCGGUAAACACCGUGCGUUCUCUCUGAGCGCCUUUGUAAGCUAAUGUAUGUCGUCUUUGUAUUCUUGGCAGCUUGUUAUUUGAAUGGACUCAAGGUAGUGAUGUUCCACCGAGGGGAAGUUUGGUCAAACUAAAAACCCAAGAUGGAAUCUCUUCUUAUGAAAUUCACACCGGCGGACUUCUUUGAUAGAAUUGUGACAUCGCUAACAAAAUGAUCUUCUUUGAUUCCUAUGGCAAUGAAACAACCGUUUCUACCAAGAGGUACUAAGCAAGGCCGAGCCAGGAUAAUCAUUUAGGGAAAUAUUUCCAAAUUUGUACUGCUAUAAGAAAAAUUUCACAAGACGGCAGCCUUUCCAGUUUCAUAGGCAAUUUGUUAGGGUUUACUACUAAGGUGUACAUUAAAGUGUGGAUCCAGGUUGAUCGGUGAUUAAAGUAGGGUGAACAGUUCUUACAAUUUGUCUUUUCGUAAGCAUCAAUAUUGUGGCUACGAGGGACCGUAAAUGGGAUCUUACCAUUUCAUCAGUACUUAAGGUUACUGUUUUUUCUUACGAUUUAUCUGUCAGCCCUUCCUUUGUCAACGUCAAAUGCAGUUCAGACGUUCGUUUUUUUUUUUUUUAAGAAUGAAUUUAGACAGCUUUAGUGGCGCAGUUAAAUGUGACCAUUUUUUUGUUUGUUUGUUUAUUUUUUUUACUUGAACAAAAUCUCCUUCGAUCUUUAACUCCCAGAAAAAUAUCUAUACUGUACCUGAUUUUCCUCGGAAGGACAAACAAGGCUUUGCUCGUAGGGUAACUAACGCUAUGCCUUUGAAGAAAUGGUGCUGCUUUUUGUGGGUUCUACAAUGAAACCAAUCAUGUAAGGACACCUCUAUAAAGUGUAUACGUGCACCUUUAUUCUAAGGUUAGAAGCUCUGCUUUCAGCUGAAGGGAAAAAUACUCCUUCGUGCUUUGCAUUUGUUAUCAUCUUUGAUGUGACACGUUUACUGUUCCCGAAUCCCGAGGCUAUACCCUGCGUGUAGUUACGAUGUAAAUAACGUAUCCAUUUCACAGAAAUGUCUAUUCAUUGUUGCAUUACAAUGAAAAGGCUUCAUGUAUUUACAACUCACUCUACGUGUAUUAACAACUCACACUUAGACUACCUUAAACAGUUGUUAUUUUAGAAUUAAUAAACUUUACAACUAGAAACAGCAGAUGUUUCAACUGUAAAGUGAUACUUAAUUGACCAUAUUACUAUUAAGUGAUUUCAAAGACAGUCACUCGGUUGUUUAUCUCCAACAAUACAUAGUUACACCGGAAAGUGAACUUAUGCGAUGAAGGAAAAAACAGACAAGUGACUGUACCACAUAGUUGUGACUCGCCGAUUCUAAUACUUAUAUUGCCUAUAACUAUGGCAAGAAAGCCCGUAAUCGAGACUGCCAUAUCUAACAUGUAUGCCCAAAAACUACAGUGAUGUAUCUGAGUUAUUAGGUAAACGGUUUGCUCUGUCACAGCC